GAUAAUUAUCAUAAAUUGUAUAGAAGACAAGAAGUUAAUAUAAUAAAUUAAGUUACAAUGAAGUUGAGUGGAUUUAAUUUGAUUUCAACUAUAAUUCUUUUCUUUGGAAUUCAAGUUCUUGCAACACCAAUUACUCAUAAAGUAUACUUUGAUAUUACUGAAGAUGAUGUUCCUAUUGGUAGAAUUGUUAUAGGAUUAUAUGGUUCAGUUGUUCCUAAAACAGUUGAAAAUUUUAGACAAUUGGCUAUUUCUACUGAUCCAAGUUUUGGAUAUACUGGUUCAAUCUUUCAUAGAGUCAUUCCAAAAUUUAUGAUUCAAGGUGGUGAUUAUGAAACUGGUCAAGGUUAUGGUGGUCAAUCUAUUUAUGGUGGUAAAUUUGAUGAUGAAAAUUUUGAAUUGACUCAUGAUAAACCAUAUAAAUUAUCUAUGGCUAAUGCAGGUAAGAAUACUAAUGGAUCUCAAUUUUUCAUUACUACUGUUGUUACUAGUUGGUUAAAUGGUGCUCAUGUUGUAUUUGGAGAAGUUGUUGAAGGAUUUGAAGUAGUAGAUUACAUUGAAAAUGUUAAAACAGGUUAUAGUGAUCGUCCAGUUAAGACUAUUAAGAUUGCUAGUGCUGGAGAACUUGAAGUUGAAGCUGAAGCUGAGGCUGAACCAAAAGUAGCUGAAAAGGAUGAACUUUAGAUAAUAUUGCUUAACUAUAGAGCGAUUUAUUUAUAUAGUUUAAAUAGUAUAAGAUAUAAAAACGUAUAACUACUGAACAAAUAAAGAAUACAAUCCUACAAAAUCAGUAAUCUUUCAGUACAAUUACCAACUGAUUAGGGAGAGAAGGAGAGAAGCAGACAGAGAGAGAUUUUGCUAAAUAACACACAGCCAGGUGGCAUUUCUCUUAACUCAGAUAGUUCCAUAAUGGACGCGCACUAAUUGAGAAUUUUCCACUUUUUUGAGGAGUUUAAGGUACACACACAUUCA